UUGUAAACAAACUUUUUUUGACAGCUGUGUCGGGCUUCCAUUAAGAAGGCUUGAAUUAUUCUUUAGAUCAUUUUAAAAUGCUCAAUUUUCAGAUAUCUCUAUCCAAUUAGAUCCUUUCCUUCCGAAUUUAAGGAAAGGAAAUUACUUUCUGCUUAGUCGAUGUACUAAAAAUAGAAUUGCAAUUUCCUUUUGAAAAUCGAUUAUUCCAGAAAGGGCAGGCUAAGGAUUUCAGAAUAAUCAAUCGAUAUUUGGGAAAAUUAUUGACUUUGAUUCGUGAAAAAAAAACCUUCAAAUGGCUCCUCUAAAAUUCUGCACAUCAGAUAAGAAGAAACAAUUUCUUACCAGGGAUGUUGAAGAUGUUGAUGAUAUUGAGUUCUUUCAGCAGACAUAUAUAUGUAAAAUACUUGAUAAUUUAAAUGCUAUGCGAACUAAUGGAAAAUGUUGUGAUCUGGAGAUCAUUGCAGGCAAUAAGUCCUUCAAGGUGCACAGAGCAAUUUUAGCAGCAAGUAGCCCUUAUUUUCAAGCUAUGUUCACUGGAGAGUUAGCAGAAAAAAACAAGGAUAGUAUUGAAUUGCAUGGUGUUCCCGCAGACAUUUUUGAAAUUCUGCUCGAGUUCAUUUAUUCUGGUUUAGUUUACAUAAAUCAAAACAAUGUUCAAGAAUUAUUUUCUGCUGGAGAUAUGUUUGGACUCACUGAUAUCGUUGAGAGCUGUACAAAGUUUUUAGUUAGGGAAUUGCAACCACAAAAUGCUGUAGGAUUUUACAGGUUUGCUGAUGGUCUGAAUGCUAAAGAUCUAAAAUCUGAAGCUGAAAAGUAUAUUCAACUGAAUUUUGUAAGAGUUAGCAAGGAGGAUGAAAUACUACAGCUGAAUGAAGAUGUUUUAAUGAAAUUUAUAUCAAGUGAAUACCUCAGAAUAGAUUCAGAACAGCAAGUACUAGAAUUUAGUUUGCGAUGGAUCAAUCAUGAUGUUUCAAACCGAAGGAAUUUCAUUUUUGAAAUAUUAAGUCAUAUAAGGUUAUCUCUCAUUCCUCUUGAAAUACUAAACACCAUGAUUUCUGAUACUUCCGAUAGUCACGUGAAGCUAGGCUUACAAACAUACUAUAAUGAUAUUGUAGAAAAAAAGUACCGUUUAGUUUCGAUGAAUUCAGAACCUAGAGAGUGGGCUCAUAGAUACAUUUAUGUACUUGGAGGCUCCAAAAGAGAGAUGAACAGUUUUUACGAAGCUGGACUAUUGGUGGACUAUUUAGGACUAGAAAAAUUCGAUAUUUCAGCUGAAAAGUGGAUUAGAGUGCCGGAAAUGUCCAUUGAUCGUCUAAUGCCCGGAGUAGCCACCCUUAACGGCCAAAUUUACAUUGUGGGAGGGGAAGCUUGUUCAUACAGUUUAUCGAGUUGCUUGACCUUCAAUCCCUUGACAAGCCAGUGGAACCAUGUUGCCAAUAUGCAUACUCCAAGAUGCGACUUUGGACUUUGUGCCUUGAACGGGUAUCUUUAUGCGGUGGGAGGAUGGGUGAAUGACAAAGAACCCAACCUGUGCGAUACAAUGGAGCGUUACGAUCCAAAAGCCGAUCAGUGGACACAAAUAGGAAAACUGUCAGAACCUCUGUUUAGUAUGGGCAUGGUAGCACACGAAGAUCUUUUGUACCUGGUGGGUGGAUGUUCCUCAACAAAAGUGAUAUUGAAAGCUUUCAAGAGUUACAAUCCUAGAACGGGGGAAUGGAAGGAACUGCCCGAGAUGAAGACACCAAGAUGGCAAAUGGGAGUAGCCGUUUUGGGAGAUUAUGUGUACGUGGUUGGAGGUUGUUGCAAGGAGGAUUUCCUCGAUUCAGUGGAAAGAUAUGACAUUAAAGAGAACAAAUGGAGUUUCAUUCCUCCUAUGAAAACUGCAAGAAGUGGGGCUGCCGUUGUGGCAUUGAACGGUCUUUUGUACGUGAUAGGAGGCACUAGAACUCAUUCUCGAAACUUUUAUAGGAUGCAGUGCACGAUAUCUUCAGUUGAUUGUUACAACCCCGUCACUAAUUCAUGGUCUGAUUGCCCCCCACUAUCGGAAUCCAGAGCCGAAUGUCGAGCCGCUGUGAUAUAACAAAUUUUUUAUUCAGUGAACCUUGUCUAAUCCUGUUUUUGUACAAUCUAACAGCCAAGUGCCAAUCAGACAUUUCAACUAAAAUAACCAGUGGUUGGUUCAUUCGAACUAACAAAAAUCUGUCUUUGUUCAUCUAACCAAGUAUUUCCUUCUUUUUUUUUUUUAUUUCGAAUACUUAACAAAUGGUACAAACAUGAACUCUUCUGAUAGAGAAAAUUCAUCUAUAUCAAAUAUGCAUGUGUUCAUAAGUGUUGUUCUUAACUAGAUGCUAAUGUUUGUUUUUAAUUUUUUUUAUCUAACAUAAUGUUAUAGAUAAACUUCUCAAAGUAUAUAUUUAUUCAACCUUAGGAACCAAAAUUAAAGAUUCUUACUGACGACAUUGAAUAACUAGAUGUAGUUUAACGACUGUUAUUAAUUAUCGACAUUUCUCCAGUUUAGAGAAUUUUUCAAAUAUAUUUUCAUAAACUGGGAGUUGAAAUUAUCAACUCAAUUUUCUCUAUUGGCGGAGAAAAUGUAUUAUAAUAAUUAACAUAGAUGUUGUUUGUGUAUUCUGGAAAAUAUCUGAAAGUUGUAGAGUCAAAAAACAAACAAAUAAAUUUUUGUUAAUUUUAUGGCA